AUGACACGGCCUGCCAGGUAGAUCUCUGGAUCUACACAGGGGCCUGUGGUUGUUGUGAACACCCGCAGGAGGCGACCCUGGGCUGCUGGUAGCCACUCGUCUAGUCGUCAGGCCAGCAACCUGUCGUUUGGAC